AUGCCGCCGCGCGAUCAGGUCGCGCGAGUGGCGAAGAUGCUUGGCGACGAGUUCGGGACGGCGUCGAACAUUAAGAAUCGCGUGAACCGGCAGUCAGUGCUGGGUGCUAUCACGUCCGCGCAACAACGACUCAAGCUCUACAACAAGGUCCCUCCGAACGGCCUGGUGUUGUACACGGGAACGAUCGUGACAGACGACGGCAAGGAAAAGAAGGUGACGAUCGACUUCGAGCCGUUUAAACCCAUCAACGCGUCGCUCUACCUGUGCGACAACAAAUUCCACACCGAGGCGCUCAACGAGCUGCUCGAAUCCGACGAGAAGUUCGGCUUCAUUGUGAUGGACGGCAAUGGCGCGCUCUUCGGCACGCUCUCGGGCAACACGCGCGAGGUGCUGCACAAAUUCACGGUGGAUCUGCCUAAGAAGCACGGGCGCGGAGGGCAAUCCGCGCUGCGAUUCGCGCGGCUGCGCAUGGAGAAGCGGCACAACUACGUGCGCAAGACGGCGGAGCUUGCGGUGCAGUUCUUUAUCAACCCGCAGACGUCGCAGAUCAACGUGUCGGGGUUGGUGCUCGCGGGCGCUGCGGAGUUCAAAACGGAGCUGAGCCAAUCGGACAUGUUCGACCAGCGCCUGCAGUCGAAGAUCCUGAACGUGGUGGACGUGUCGUACGGCGGGGAGAACGGGUUCAGCCAGGCCAUCGAGCUCAGCGCCGAGCUGCUGGCCAACGUCAAGUUCAUCCAGGAGAAGCGCCUGAUUGGUCGGUACUUUGAUGAGAUCAGCCAGGACACGGGCAAGUACGUGUUCGGUGUGGACGACACUCUCAAGGCGCUCGAGAUGGGUGCUGUGGAGAUUCUGAUCGUGUGGGAGAACCUUGAUGUCAACCGAUACACACUCAAGAACGCAGUGACGGGCGAGAUAGUGAUAAAGAAUCUGAGCAAGGAGCAGGAGGCCGAUCAGAGCAACUUCAGAGACGCAGAGACGGGCGCAGAGCUGGAGGUGCAGGAGAAAACGUCCCUCUUGGAGUGGUUUGCAGAGGGGUACAAGAAGUUUGGGUGCACGCUUGAGUUUGUGACCAACAAGAGCCAGGAGGGCUCGCAGUUCUGCCGAGGGUUUGGCGGGAUUGGCGGGAUCUUGAGGUACCAGCUGGACAUGAGAACGUUUGACGAGGCGAGUGAUGACGACGCUGUUUACGAUGAUGACUCGGAUUAG